AUGAAGCUAUUCCUCCCCAUUUCGCUGCUUACAGCUAUCUUAACGUUCGUGUCUGCGGCUCCGGCUGCCGUCACUGAGUAUGAGUACGUCGUCGUCGGCUCCGGCGCCGGUGGUGGUCCUCUCGCCUGCCGUCUUGCUCGCGCUGGACACAAGACUUUGCUAAUUGAGGCUGGCGAUGAUCAAACCGGAAACGACAACACCACUAUCCCCGCCUUCCAAGGUCUAGUCGCUCAAGAUGUCAAGUUGCGAUGGGACUACUUUGUCAACCACUACCAAGAUCAGACCCGCGCCCAACAAGAUUUCAAGUACAGCUGGGAGGUCAGCCCGUACAAUUAUCAUGUUGCCAAAGACGGACCACCACCAGCUGGAGCAAAGCCUCUCGGUAUCCUGUAUCCUCGUGCAGGCACCCUCGGCGGCUGCGUCACUCACAAUGCCCUCAUCUUCAUCACUCCUCAUGCGAGCGAUUGGAACGGUAUUGCUGCUACCGUUGGCGACAACUCUUGGUCCGCACCCAAAAUGAACACAUACCUCAACAAGGUCUACGAAUGGCUUCCCGUCAACCCAACCGAUCCUACGAUCUUGACAAAUGAUCUCAAGCUCACACAGCAUCUUGCUGGUGGAGCUGCAGCUAUUGGACAGGGACCAUCCGUUCUCACCGCCACUCUGGGCAUCACCAACGCUUUACUCGCUGACCCCAAUUCCAGACUCGACCCUAAACGUGACUCCAAAGAGGGCCUCUAUCAAAUCCCCCUCAUUCAGGAGGGUGGUGCUCGAGUUGGUGUUCGCGACUUCAUCGCUUCCACAGUUGCCCAAGGUUACCCCUUGACUGUUCGCACUAACUGUUUCGUUACCAAGAUCAUCUUCGACACAACUGGUGCCACGCCUAAGGCUACUGGGGUCGAGUUCCUGGACGGCAAGCAGCUUUAUAGAGCCAGCCCACUGAGCGGCGGUACCGGAGUGAAGGGUACGGCCACAGUCACCAAGGACCUCAUCAUCUCCGCUGGAGCUUUCAACACCCCUCAACUGUUGAAGCUCAGCGGCAUUGGACCUCAAGAAGAGUUGGCCAAGUUCGGUAUCCCUCUCAUCAAGCAUUUGCCUGGAGUUGGCACAAACUUGCAGGACCGCUACGAGAUUCCUGUUGUUGUAAAGCAUGGCUCUGACUUCAAUGUCUUGGCUGGUUGCACGUUUGAUGCGAAGGCACAAGACAUGUGCUAUACCAAGUAUAAGAACAGCCCCAACCUUCUCGCAUUGAAGGGUGCUUACGCCACUAACGGUCUUGCGGCAACCUUGGCUGUUAAUUCCGACUUCGCGGCAAACUCUGACAUUGACCUUUACAUCUUCGCUGGCCCCGUGAACUUUCGAGGAUAUUUCCCGCAAUGGGCUGACGACAUUGUCAAGGACCACAAGCACUUGGGAUGGAGCACUCUGAAGGCUCACACCCGCAACCGCGCCGGCACAGUCCAGCUCAGCUCCGCUGACCCUCUCGACAGGCCCAUCAUCAACUUCAACUACUUUGACACUGGAAAUACAACUCGUGGAGAAGAUGUGGCUGACCUCAACGCCAUGAUCCAGGCAAUCAAGAUCUCCCGAAAUGCCUUGCAACGCUACAAGGACUUCUUCCUACUUGGCGGUGAUUCCUUCGUCGAGGAGUCCCCAGGUGCGAGUGUCCAGUCGGAUGCCGACAUUGGUGCUUACAUCAAGAGAAACGCCUGGGGCCAUCACGCAUCGUGUUCGACGCCCCUCGGCUCUGACUCCGAUCCCAUGGCCGUCCUUGACGCCAAAUUCAGAGUCCGCGGCGUCCAGAACCUGAGAGUGGUUGAUGCAUCCGUCUUCCCCCAGAUUCCUGGCAUCUUCAUCCAGUCUGCUAUUCUCAUGGUCUCGGAGAAGGCUGCGGAUGUCAUCUUGAACCCGUAA